AUGUUUAGUAACAAGUUAUCAGACUUAGAUGAUUUCUUGGCACCAGCUCAAGACUGAGUGGUCCAACUCCAACAAGAUAAGGAUAUGGUAGAAAACAAAGCUAGCUUGAAGAUCGAACUAGAGUCUGAUUGGAGAGAUCCAGAUGAAGGCUCUGAUGUAAGGCCUGAUCUUAUCAAGAAAAAUCAGAAGAAUGUUGCUAAAAUUAGUCUUACAGACUGCCUUGCAUGUAGUGGAUGAGUAACUACAGCUGAGACUAUGUUAAUACAACAACACAGUAUAGAUAAAGUUGAAGAAUUACUCAAAAAUGUAGAUAAGGAGCCAUGAGUAGUCUCAGUUUCUCAACAAUCCCUGUAUUCUCUCUGUGCCCUAUACGAAACAGAGCCAAAGCUUCUUUUUAAAGUGAUUAACAAAGUGCUUGGAACUUUCGGUGUGUCAAAAGUGUAUGAUUUCUCUCUAUCCACUCAAUUUAUCCUUAAUGAGAGUUACAAUGAAUUCUUGGAGAGAUAUAAAAACUCAGAGAAAUAUCAAAAAGUUAAAGAGUGUUUAGAAAUCCUUAAAUCAAAGCCAGGAAAAGAGGAAGGUAAAACUACACCAGAAAGAGAAGAAGAGCUUAAGUCGAUGAAAAAGAUGCUGACGAAACAACCCUCAACCCCUGUGCUUUGUAGUGAAUGCCCAGGAUGGGUUUGUUAUGCUGAAAAAGUUGUGGGUGAUGUCUCUAUCCCAUUUAUGAGUGAAAUAAAAUCUCCUCAACAGAUACAAGGAAAUUUGAUAAAAACUCAAGCAAACAGGAAGCUAUUCCAAGCAGAUCCUGAUCAGGAAGCUCCUGAGAAGGUAGUCCAUAUCUGUGUCAUGCCAUGCUACGAUAAAAAGUUGGAAGCUGUUAGACCUGCUGGAGUAAUCAACAACAUCAAUGAUAUUGCUGAUGAAAAACUUGGAGUAGAAGUAGACGCUGUCAUUGCUACUCAUGAGCUUGCUGAUCUCUUCCAAAAGAGAGGGAUAGACAUCAAACAACUUCUCGAGGAGGAGAAAAAAGAGGAAUCCAAAAUCAUUCAAAAUUUUGAGAAAGAUAUAUGAGAACUUGAUAGAGAAAUUACCGAAUCUCCAUUUUAUAGCGGAUAUGUUCAGAAGCAAAGCUCAAAUGGUUAUAGUGAAUAUAUCUUCAUAAGAGCUGCCAAGGAAUUAUAUGGAGUUGACCUUACAUCUGAUGACCUUGCCUACAAGCAAGUGAGAAACAAAGACUUUCAAGAAGUGGUAUUGGAAGUAAUGGGGCUUCCUGUCAUGAAAUUUGCAUUAGCUUAUGGGUUUAGAAAUAUUCAAAAUAUUGUCAGAAAUAUUAAAAGAAAGAAAUCAGUUUAUGAUUAUGUCGAAAUAAUGGCAUGUCCAGGAGGAUGUCUAAAUGGAGGAGGGCAGAUUAAGCCAAAGGAUCUUGGGCUUACCCCAAUUGAACUUUUACAUAAUUUAAUCGAGAUCCAAAAGCAAUCCUUGGAACUAAUUGAUUUGGAAAAUGUUCCGGGAAUGAUUUCUCUGUAUCAUGACAUAGACAGUGAGCAGGUCAAGGAAAUGAUAAAGACAGAAUUUACCCCUAUUAAAACGGAGGCCUCUGUUGCUAACCUUAAGUGGUAA